CGGCUGCCACUGGUCCGCUCCGCUCUGCCGCUUGCCCGCUUCCACCCCACUCCGCUCUCCCCCGUUCCCCCGCCGAGAUAUUUUCCUGCGAGCCCCUCCCCCCGGCCAUGCCGCUGCUCGCCGUCGCCUCCUCCACCCGCGCCGCGGCGGUGCGGCCGCCGCGCGCCUCGGCGGCCUCGGGCGAGGCGGCAGCGUCGGAGGCCGCGGGGCGGAGGCCUGUGAAGGUGAUCCUGCCGAAGAAGAAGCCGCAGAAGUGGUCGACGGGAAUGGAGCCCGGGGAGUACGGCGGCGGGCCGGCCACCAUCAAGCCGCGCAAGUACUGGUGGGGGAAGGAGGACCGCGACCCCGUGGGCAACACCGACGACUUCAUCUGGAACAAGGACUUCCUCCCCCACAUGGAGCGCGUCAUCGCCAACGGCGGCGCUGCCGCGGAACCCACAAUCACCCGCCGUUCCCCGGUGGACGAGGAGGAGUCAGGAUUUCUGAGCAUCAACCGUGCCAUGAGCCUUGACAGUGUGGAGGUUGACCUGAGCAAGGAGCUUCAAGCGCCGACCAGGCCAAUCCUUCAAACGCAGGUUGAGGCUGCCAGGAGAGGCCGGGCCAUUGGUGCUGAGGCUGUGAAUGGUGCCACCUCUGCAAGAUGGAGGCUAGUCCCGACUCGCCGGGAGCAGGCUAAGUGGGACAGAGCAGCCAAGGCAGCUACUGGUGGCAGCGAUGUUAUACUAAGGGAGUCCAAGUCAAGAGUGCAGCAAGGGGACCCUAAGGAAUUGGCAGCUAGGGCCAGAGAGGACUACCUAAAGUUGAAACAAAGAUUGCAGCUGCUCACUUUAGGCAUUGGUGGUGUUGGUGUAGUCUCUGCUUAUGUUUCAUACUCUCCUGAAAUUGCUGUUAGCUUUGGUGCAGGGUUGAUUGGAUCAUUGGUGUACCUCCGCAUGCUUGGAACCAGCGUAGAUUCCCUAGCUGGUGGGACUGGAGAAACUGUCAAGAGUGCUGCUGCACAACCAAGAUUGCUUAUUCCAGUGGUACUUGUGAUGAUGUAUAACAGAUGGAAUGGGAUAUUAGUUCCAGACUAUGGCUUCAUGCACCUGGAGUUGAUACCAAUGCUUGUUGGAUUUUUUACCUACAAGAUUGCUACAUUCGCUCAAGCAAUUCAAGAUUCGAUACCUGCAGUUGAAAAACGUGAAGUUUGAACAGUCCUGGUGAAUAGAAAAUAAAGGUCUUACCCUACGCACUGAGGGAAGAUUGGCCAUUGGUCAAUCAGAUAGUAAGGUUGGUUUGGAAGAAUCUGAUCUGACGUCGACACCAAGUAGAUGAGAUGCUCAUUGAGGAUGCCAUCUGAAAACUUUUAGCGGUUAACCACAUAUUUUACACAAAUAUUCUACUAUUAAGGUGGUACCACAUUCAUUCCAUGUUGUUAACACGUAGAUCAUCAAUGUACAAAUUUACAACAUGGAAACUUUAUCACAAUGACAGCAGAUAGCAGGACGAACAAAUUAAAUGGUAUACAGUAUACACCACAACUGAAUGUAAAUAAUGCAGUCUGCCAGUAUACUUGUUUAAAGAAAAUCGGGCCUUACAAAUGCAAAAACCAUUGAGAAA